AUGUAUUCUUCAAUCUUGUUGUAUUCAUAUGAACUCAAUGGAUUGGAAGAUUCCAAUAAUAACGCCCUUUCCUAUGGAAAUUUCAUUAGUUAUCCCUUAAGAAAUUUUACAUUUCAUUCAACGCUCCAAUUUUCUAGUUCAAGAAGAAUCACCAUUGAAGGUGUCUCUACAAUUCCAGAUAUUGCCAUGUAUCCAGGAGAGAAAUUACAAAACCUUUCACUGAUUAUUCAACAUUUCGAUGGAGAAUUUGUGAAAUUUCUAGUAGCACCUUUAUCGAUCAAAUAUUCCUCUACAUUCAUCAAAAUGGAUUACUUGCUGACAACAACAACAUCCUCCUCCUCCAACUAUAAUUUACAAAUUAAUAACUUGUCAGUGAGACUAUUGUCACCAACCACAUCUCAAAAUGUUUCUAUUACUGCAUUUCUAGUGAUUGAUGCUUCUUAUGAAAUACCUUUUAAUAUCAUCACAUUACCAUGUCCUGAAAGGUACCAUCUUGAAAGUAGAUAUUCUGUGGACGGAUUUAUUUGCGUUGAAGAUUCACAUGUACCAUUUGAAAUUAUUAUCCCAGUAGUAAGAGUGGUUCAGAAAUUGAAGACACUUGAAAAGAAACAAAGAGCUGAAAAGAAAUUAGAAUCCAACUUUAUAGGAAUGAAAACAUAUAUCGAGGGAGGUUAUUCUCUGUUGCAGCACGAUUUUCUUGAUCGAUCUAGUGAAAAUAGUACCUAUUUAAUUCCAGUUGAGGAUUUAUCAAUUAUUAAGAAAAUUGGAGAGGGUGGUAAUGGAUCCGUUUAUCAUGCCAAAUGGAAUGGCAGUGAAGUUGCUGUCAAAUCUAUCAAAUCGGACGUAUCUAAUGAAGAAUCUGAAGAAUUUCAAAAAGAAGCAGCUCUUCUGAGUACUCUACGUCAUCCAAAUAUUGUCAAUUUUUAUGGAGUUAGUAUCAUUAAUUCCACAAAAUGUAUGGUCGUUGAAUAUUUAUCUCGUGGAAGUUUAGAUCGAAUGAUUUAUAAUUGUAGAAGCAGACAAUGUGUUUUAAAACUUUUUCAAAAAUUAGACAUCUUGUUAGGAGUUGCAAAAGGAAUGGCUUACAUGCAUUCAUUGAAGCCAAAUCCAGUUGUAGAUGUUUAUAGUUUUGCAAUUAUCAUGUGGGAAUUGUUUUUUGAGGAAACUCCUUAUAUGAGUCAACAUUCGAAAAAGUUUCAAAAAUUCAAAAGUCAUUCCACAACGAGCACAGAUUCCAAUGAGGGUGGAGCUCGAGCGUUAAUGCAAGUUCUGAAAGGAAACAGAUCACUCAUUCCAUUUUCAAUCGAUAACAAUGAAGAACUUGUAUUAUGGUUGAAUGAAUUUCUAGUUCCACAAAAUCCAGAAAUUGACAUUCAAACACUUGUGAAAAUUGUAUCGACUUAUAUUGAUUUGAUGAAACAAUGUUGGCAAAGUAAUCCUGAGCUUAGACCAAACUUUUUACAAAUUGUUGAAGUGUUGUCAUCAUUGUUGAUGUGA